CUAUGGUCAAAUUAAACAUGGCCACCGCUGGCGCUGCGUACAAUUGACGAAAAACUGCCAGUGUGUCAACAUAUUAUUCAAUUUAUGAUUUUAUAUUAGGAAAAUGUCUUUUUCUGAUUUAUAUGCUAAAUAUAACUGUACUUAUUGUCAAGAAGAAAUAAAUGGUGUUCGCGUACGAUGUGCGGAGUGUAAAGAUUUUGAUAUUUGUUUGCAGUGUUUUUCUCAUGGUGCUGAAAUUGGAUCUCAUAAAAAUGACCAUCCUUAUCAGUUUAUGGAUGCUGGAGCAUUUGGUAUAUUUUUGGGCCGUAACAGUUGGUCAGCAAAUGAAGAAGUAAGAUUAUUGGAUGCUAUAGAACAAUUUGGUUUUGGGAAUUGGGAAGAUAUAGCUAAGCAUAUUGAAACCAGAACACCAGAAGAAACUAAAGAUGAAUACAUAGCAAGAUAUCUAGAAGGUAGUAUUGGACGUGCAACAUGGGGUAAUGUGGAAAGUACUAGUCGACCAUCAUUGCACUGUCCUGACAAGGACCAAGGUCCACUCAGCCCCACAGCUGUAUCUCGACUCCCACCAUUAGCCAUAACCACAGAUGAGGCAGCUCAACUUGGAUAUAUGUCAAAUAGAGAUGACUUUGAAAGGGAACAUGAUCAUGAAGCUGAACAGUUAAUAUCGACUUUGUCAAUCAAUUCAGAAGAUGAUGAGCUAGAUGUUGCUCUCAAAUUAUCUCAAGUAGAUAUAUACACCCGGCGACUUCGUGAAAGGACGCGAAGAAAACGUCUCGUUCGAGACUAUCAGCUGGUAUCUGUGUUCUUUAAUAACCAAAGAAACAAGCUAAAGACACUCGGGAAAUUAGCCAAAGAGAAAAAGGAAUUCACUGAGCGUCUUCGUUGGACGGCACAGUUCUACGGUCGAUCAGAACAAACAAGCGUAGUAAGCGGUCUUUGGCGCGAACGAGAGCUGCGCGUGCGAUUGGCUGAAUUACACCGUUACAGAUUAGCAGGCGUCACACGUUUAGAAGAAUGCGCGCACUACGAGCAACACGCGUUGCAUAGAAAACACGGACACGACGUGAGGCUUGCCCUGGGCAGCAGUGGGUGUCCGGACACACAGACAAAAGACUCGUCGACAGGGCUGCAGCUAAGAAAAAAAGACGCCGAAAGCGCCUCAAGUUCAACCAUCCCAAAGUGCACACAGGACGGAAGUACCGGAUGUGGAUGCUGCAAAAAGAACUGCUCCAACGACGCGCAGAAGCUGCUCAACACUAAUGAGGCACAGAUUUGCAACACACUCAGUUUAGCGCCUACGCAAUAUAUAACAAUGAAGGGAAUGCUUCUGCGAAGAUCAGCCACGACUCACGGCGAGCUUGACCAGGCUCUUAAGCAAUACUUGCAUGCGGCUGGUUGGAUACGCAAUUAAUCAUAGUGAAAAUAGCUCUGAAAUAUCACGGUCGUGAUAAUCAGUUACAAUAACAGUGGAUUGCAUUUGUACAGUAAAACAAGGAUAUUUAAAAAAAACAGUGCUCUUGGUGAAAUAAAGAGUAAAGUGUUAAAGUGAAACUGAAGUUUGUUCUAUGUUGUAUUUACCAUAUAUACAUUUACUAAAGAAAGUGUUGUGUUGUGAAAAGUGCUUCAUUGCAACGUUUAUAUGUAAGUUCAGUUGUUUUUGUAAGAAAAUUGCCACUAAAGUUUACUAGUUAGUGCUAGGAGCUUUUGUCGGCUUAGCCAAUUAUAUGUAUAUACUAUAUUGUAAAUAUGCAUUCAAUUGUAAAUAUAUUCAUAUACUGUGUUUCAUAACAUUCAUAUUAAAUACCAGAAUCACCAUGACUAAAGGCUUUAGUACCAAAAUUAUG